AUGGUGAGUGAAGAACAAAAGGAGAGUCCAAGAGUCCGGAUGCAAUCAAACCCAGUUGACAAUAGCCAAAAUACGGAGAAUCUAUUCAGUCCUAGAUUCAAAUCCGUGGCUGCCAUGGCUGGUUGGGACGAAGAAUCUAUCCUUGUCGCAAGCCUUAUUGUUGAAGACACGCCAGAAAGACAGUUCAAACACAAGAAACGCUCUGAUUUGCACUGCAAGACUCCACCUUCAACCAAUUCAAGAAGAAAGCGGAGGGAUAAGAAGAAGAGUCCGAUUUCGAUUCCUUUAUCUGUUCUUAAUCUUGAUGAAGAAGAGGAACCUGUAAUGCAAGAAAGUGAGAAAAAGAAGACGGAGCCGAAAAUUGUUGUCAAUGAAGAAAAAAAAUUACAAGGAGACAAAUUGGCUAAAGAGAGUUCUGAUGUUUCUUGCUCAAAUUCUUCUCUUGCUUGCAUGGAUAAACUUAGAGAAGAACUUUCUUGUGCUAUUUGUUUGGAGAUUUGCUUUGAACCUAGUACCACUUCUUGUGGACACAGAGCAAUUAAAGAGCAUAUAGUUGUGAGUCAGUUUGAACAGUUCUAUGAUAAUGUGAUUUUGUAUAUUGUGUACUGCGCGGAUAGUUUCAUGCUUAUUGAUGAAGUGGUUUCUCUUUGUUUGCAGUUUUUCAAUAGCCGAUCUUGUACAGUGAACACAGUUCUUUGGAACACAAUACAGCUUCUGUUUCCACAAGAAGUUGAAGCAAAGAAGGCAUCUGGGGGCUCGAAAAACCAAGAAGAGCGUCAAAACCCAGAAAGAAGAACCAGUAACAAUCUAGUAAGCCGAAGCAUUCCGCCUUCUAGAGUGUCAUACAGAGAUACUAGCGUUCAGUCUUCUAGGGUAUCAAAUAGAGGUGUGACUAUCAAUAGAGGGAUGUUGAGGCAAGACGAGCCUUCUAGAGAGUCAAAUAGAGAUUCAAGUGUGCGUAGAGACAUGUGGAAUCAAGAUGACGAGGUUACUCCAUUGGUGCAAAGAUUGCGAAGAAGAGAAGCUCUUGAGCGGCUAAUAUCAAGCAGAGAAGCAAGGGGGAGGAGACGGAGAGGAGGAAUACUAAGCCAAGAUGAGGAUGCUGCAUUAGCUCUAAGGUUGCAGAGAGAAGAAUUUAUGGAAGCUUUUGGGGGAACUCUUGAGCAAUCAGGAAGCUCUCUCUCUUCAGCGAGAGCAAAUUUGAGAGCCAUGGCAUCUAGAGCCACCCUAAAUUAA